AGAGAUAGACAUACCUUUGGAGGAUGAUGAAACUAAUCCCACAAUGUCACGGGCGCCCCUGCCUCCCAGCCUCGCCACUAGAGGCACAACCACACAAAGUCCAUUUUUACCAGCUGGCUUUGAAGAGGAACUGCAAAAGAUUUUGGAAGGAACAAUGCAACAUGCUGACAUUAAAAUUGAUUUGGAUAAUCAUGAGCCUGGCAAAUUUUUGGGUGAAGACAUCUUGACCAUAGCUCCUGGGGCCAAGGAGUGUGUUUUGUUUGCGGAAGAUGGCUUCACUCUCCUGGACCAGGAGGCAGAGGAAAAAGAAAAAGCUGAAAACAAAGAAAACUUUGAUAUCAGCAUUAAAGUUAAUCUUGAAGAAGUCAUUGAAAAUAACACACAUUUAGUGGAUCUCUGGAAGGAUGAUGAAGAAAUUAAAAAAGAGAAACCAGCAAAACCUGUCAAAAAAUUUGAAUUUUCGAGCGACACAUCUGACAAUGACAACUUCCUUGAAGACACAGUGAUCAGACCACCAGUGGAAAUGCCUGAGAUUCCAGUUCUGAACAUCACCUCCUCAGCUGUCAGACCUGGGGUGACAUCCACAGAGUGGGCAGAGAUGAUAGAUGUGUCGCAACCUGUGCCUGAGUUUAAAGAGAAAAUCAAGGAUAUGGCACAUAGCUAUCCAUUUGAAUUGGAUAAUUUCCAAAAACAG